AUGCGUUUCGCGCUGGAGUAUGUAGAGAGAGAAGCCAGUCGCUCAAAACGAGCUACCGCCCUCGCGGCUCUCAACUACGGGUAUAAGAAGGCGAAUGAUGCGAGACAGCCCGGCGGCUGUCCUGCCGCUCUGGCGACCAUCGUGGACAACACGCAUGCGUCAUUACUGAACUUAGGUGAUUGCGGACUGGUCAUUGUGCGGCAGGGCAAGCUUCUGUAUCGCACAGAGAUUCAGCAGCACUCCUUCAACUGCCCGUACCAGCUCCCUGAUGAUCCUCCUAGCGCUGGCGAGCAGGCCAAGAUCGAAGUGCGCACCGGCGACGUCUUCCUUUGCGUGAGCGACGGUGUGCUGGACAACGUCGAGCUGGACCGCCUCCUUGGGCAUCUCGGCGAGGUGCCAGCGACAGGGUGCCGCAAUGUAGCUGAAGCUAUCGGGCAGGAGGCUUUUCGAAACGGACAAGACCGCCGCUACUUUUCACCAUUUGCGCGGCACGCAGAGGAAGCUGGAUACCGCUACACCGGCGGAAAGCUCGACGACAUUACGGCACUGGUGGCUCAAGUGACCGCUGACAGCGAGGAGGGGACUGCAAACUCCCCUCCCUUGAUCACGAUGCUGUUGAACUUGGACAAGUGA